UUGCCGUCCAUGUAUUCAGUAUAAUAUCGAUGUAACUCAAUUCUAAUAACGCGUGUGAUGUCUUUAGCAUUUUAGUGUUUCCAAGGAGAAUCGAAGCUAAGGAUUUCGAAGCUGCGCAAGCUGAUACUACGAAUAAUAAUAUUUUAUUCGAAAAAGAAUCGUAAGCUUUACAAAUAUGGUGGCCGAAGCGUAUUACGUACGGAAUCCUUAUCCCGUACCGGAUGUCUCUCGAGAGGGUUGUUGGACGGCCGGUGGACCUGUGUUAGGUGAUAAAGUCUUACGUAACUACAAGGACUGGGAUUUGAAAUUGACUCCUUACGAACGCCUCUUCGCUCAUCAUACCUUGAAUAGCAUAAGAAAAGAUUGCCGAUUGAUCAGACCAAAGGUACCAAAUGAUUCUUUGGACUUGGCAUUGAAUAGUAUUUACGUUCAUAGCAAGGACACGUUAGUUCCAAAGAUGUAUACAAUCAUGCAACCAGAAACUCUAGGACGAGAGACUUGGCGAGUUCUCAAGAAUGAGAUAAAGAUCGUACCUAAGAAGCCAAUAUUACCGGUUGAACAGACGAGAAAGGUAAUCAUAACUAAAAAUAUAUUCGAGUCCUCGACGAAGGAAAGGAUUUUGGGUGAAUCAUUAAAGUGUUAUCGCGGACCGGUCACUCAGGAUAGGAUACAUCCUAGCAGUGUGAAAUUAGCUAUGGAGGGUCCUCACACGGAUCAAUCGAAUCCUGGCUACAGUCGUAAAAUUGACGGAACUUUUUACAAUAUUUAAAGAUGGAUUUCCGAGAUUGUAGUGGGAGAGAGAUAUUUGAAUCUAUAUAUAUCUACACAUACACACACAUACACAUACACGUACACACAUACACAUACACACAUACACAUACACACACACACACACACAAUAUAUAUAUAUCGACAAAUCGUGUUAAGCCUUCUGACCACUUCGUAUUUUCAAGAAUAACCAAUCGGAUUUGCUUCUUUCCACUGAAGCCGAGUACACAGAAUGAAUUGUUUGAAGGUCCACAAAUCGAUGCUUUAAAACGCGAUCGAUAAUCUAGAUUAUCUAGGUGUCUUUGCUCUACUGGAAUUAGUCAAACGUAUAGAUAUAAAAUAAAUAUAUGUUGAAACGAAA